UGAAGAACCCACCGUGGGUCAGGCACGGUGCUAACCUCUGCAGAAGUUUCCAUACAGUACACUGGCGUGCAAUGCCCACGCCACGUUUUGCAGGGUCCGCGGGAAGCCUUGCGGCGACCUCACUGCCGCCCAAUUUCUGGGCAGCGGCGGCGCAGCGCCCCCUGGCGGCCAUCCCGACGGCGGUGCCCGCGGGCAAGGUUCGAAACUGUUGGCAUUGGGACUGACUCCAGCCUCUGCUCUGGGAGGCCCUCCCAAGCUGCCUGACCUCCCGGGGCCAUGCAGAAGGCCUCCCGCAAAAACAAAAAAGAGAGCAUCUGUGGUUUUGGAAGGUGAGGUUGGAGAUGGGCAAGGACGUUUGCUUUGGAGGAAAGGGCCAUGAACCCCUCCAGCUCCCGACGGCUAGAGAAAGAGGAGUCAGCAUCAAGGUCAAAACAUCUGUACACAACUUGAGCAAAACACAGCAGACCAAACUCACUGUGGACAGCCUGGGAUUAGGCCUCAUCAUCAUCCAGCAUGGACCCUACCUCCAGAUCACCCACCUCAUCAGGAAGGGGGCUGCAGCCAACGACGGGAAACUUCAGCCAGGUGAUGUUCUGAUUAGUGUUGGCCAUGCCAAUGUGUUAGGAUAUACUCUUCGAGAAUUUUUACAGCUUUUGCAACAUAUCACCAUUGGAACAGUGCUACAAAUCAAGGUUUAUCGAGAUUUUAUUAACAUUCCUGAAGAAUGGCAAGAAAUAUAUGAUUUAAUCCCUGAGGCCAAAUUCCCAGUAACAAGCACACCAAAGAAAACUGAGCUGGCAAAAGAUGAAUCUUUCACAAGCAGUGAUGAUAACGAAAAUGGAGAUUUAGAUAAAAGACUUCAAUAUUAUAGAUAUCCGUGGUCAACUGCACAUCACCCUGCAAGGAGACCAAUAUCCAUCUCCAGAGACUGGCAUGGAUAUAAUAAGGAGAACCAUACUAUUAGUGUAGGAAAAAACAUUAAUUGUGACGUGAUGAUUCACAGAGACAACAAGAAAGAAGUGAAGGCCCCUUCUCCAUACCGGAUAAUGGUGAAGCAAGACAAUGAAAGCUCUUCCUCCUCUACCUCCUCUAUCUCAGAUGCAUUUUGGCUGGAAGAUUGUGCCCAAGUUGAAGAGGGUAAAGCCUAACUGGUAUCAAAGGUUGGUUAGCAAAUCUGUGGUCAUAUGAGCAUUUAUCUUGCAGACACCCAAGUUUUGUGCCUCACCAGGCACAAAUUUGCUAUACUUAUCAAGGACUGUUUGUAGACUCACCAAUUCUCUUCUCUUAUGACUGCAUUAUAAAGCCUUUAGAGAUGUUCUUCAAUAGGAUUAUCUAAAGACUUCCCUGGGUUCUUGCAGGCCUCGCAAAUCUUAUUUUCAGAAUAAGACCCUCCUUUCUGAGAAGAAUUUCUUUUCUUUUAGAAAAUGCCGUAGAGAAAUCCCAUAUCAGAAUGUCUGAACAUAGUAGAGAAUGUCACUUUAUGUAAACACCACAUUUUUCUUUAAAUAUUUAGUUUCUCUCUUUUUUUUGGUAAACUUCAAGUACUAUAAUUAAAAUAACUAAAAAACAUAA